AGUGAAAUGUUAUGCUGCUUGGCUAAACCUUCACAGUCCACACAGAAGCAAAAUGGCCGAUAGUAAACUAACAGAUCUUACAGCGUCUGUCACUCACCUGGUGGUUAUUAUGUGUGUUCUGUUUACAGCCUGAGAACUACAGUCGUGCAAAAAGGAUACUAGCCUUCCUACAAUUCACGUUUUGGUGAUGUCAUUUCUUAUCCAACUUAGCCUUGAAAGCCUCGAAGAACUAGCUCGCUAAGCUAGCUUACCUAGCUAGCCCGUAGGUCUGCGAGCAUAUUUUGCACGGGACUCACUUUAUUCCCAUGUGAUUCCCGAGACAGGAGCAUCUGGAAAGGGAAGCGCAGUUAAUGGAAGACAAGAAAAAGAAGAAAGACGACAAAAAGAAAAAGGAAACCUCUCCGAAGGUCCCAGAACUGAACGUCAAAGUGCCAGAAUCAACCAAGCCCUCCUGUUCCCAGCAACCCACCAGCCCUGCCUCAGUCUCCCCCAGCCCUGGCCCUGUUGACCCCUCCCCACAAAGUUCGAGUGCCCCUGUGCUUUCUGCACCAGUUCCUCCUGGUGGCGGGAACAAUGCAAAACAGCGGACUGCUUUGGCCAACGGACAGCCCUCCUCCUCCUCUCUUUCUGCAAACCAAACUUCCCAGCAGCAGCGAUACAUGUCCCGAGAGGUUCCGCCGCGAUUUCGCUGCCAGCAGGACCACAAAGUGCUACUGAAGAGAGGGCAGCCUCCUCUGUCCUCCAUGCUGCUCGGGGGAGGUGGAGGAGAUGAAAGCACUGGUGGGGUUGGGGUUGGCAGUGCCUGGGGUGCCACAUCACCUCUUUCCUCAAAAGAAGCAGACAACUCCAAUGCAAAUACAGAUACAGAUUUGGGUUCAUCCUCUCCUUCACCACCCAACACGACAUCCUCACCAUGUGUCACUGCUCUCUCGCCAUCUUCAUCUUCUACCAAUGCAAUUUAUGCAAAUUCCACAUGGGGGGCAGGAUCCUUCAGCCUGCCCUCCUCUCAGGGUUGUGACAAGAUCAUCGUGGAUGGGACUGAUCUGGACAGCUGGCCUAGCAUCCAGGGCACAGCUAAAUUAAGUUCUGAAGGAUCUGGAGCAGGGGGGCAGGAGCAAGACGGUAACCCUGGUGACAAAAACAGUAGUGCCUCGUGUCAUGAGAAGAACCUCCAGCAGAUAGGAGGAGCAGUUGAAGGAAGUGCAGGGAAAGUGGACAAUCCCUCCCCACCUUUUCCUUCUCCUCUUUCCUCUUUUGCGUCACAAAAUGAAUGUGUUCAGACUGGCGGCGUCACAUGGAGCUCCUCCACUUCCGGUCGGGCGGAGGCAGGAUUGGGAUCAGCAGCAUUUUAUAAUUCCAAAGUCUCCCAUCUGCUUCCUGGACCUCAAGAGAGUCCCGCAGAUGGCAACGGCAAUCUCCCCGGUGCCAUUUUAAACCCCAACGUGAACCCUUCUGCCUGGCCAACCCUCGUGCAGGGGAAGACUUCAGCUACUUCUCUACAUUUGUCUCCACUUCCUGUCAGCGUCACCUCUCUCCCUCACGAGCACACAGAGACGGCAGAAUUAGACACGAGUUCAGAACAACAACAUCCCUCGGGAAACCCAGGUGAAGGAGCACAGCGAGUUGGACCGGGGCCAAAUGGAGAAGAUGAUGACAAAAGAGAGUCUGAUGCAGAAGAGGGGAGUGUGAAUAAGUCUGGUCCGUUGUCUUCCUCUUUAAAAUCUUUGACUGCAGCGACCUCUGCUCCAAGAACAGGUGCUUCACAGGAAGAGCAAUGGGGUGGUGGAGAAAGCGGGAUCCAUGAACAGGAUCAAAAUUUAGGGGGAUUGGGUAACCAGGGUGACAAUACAGGGUGGGCAAGGAGCGACGUGGGCGCAAAUAUCGAAACGGUAUCUCAGGGAGUGUGGAAAGACAGGAGCUCAGAAGUGGAGCGUGGAAACAAGGAGGAAUGUUUAAGUUCAAAUGACUUAGCAAUCGCAAGUGCAACGGGAGCUUGUGGGAGCAGCAAGGCUGGAGCUUUGCCAGAAUCGGCAUCACCAAAGUUUGCAACAAUGGAAAAUGCUCGGGACAAUCAAAAAGGGAUAGAAAGUGCGGCACAACCGGUCGCAAGGCCACAAGGCACUGGUAGUGAAGCUCCAGCUUCCUCGAGCGGAGAUGGGACAGAAACUGUUGGAGAAGGGAGCGGGAAUGGGCCAAAAACGGAUGGAGGACGUGCGCCGUCCAACCAGACCUCCGAUACUGAAGUGGCCUUACUCGGCAUGCUCAACCGAUCUGACCUGGAUCCCAGGGUUCUGUCCAACACGGGUUGGGGCCAGACUCAGAUUCGUCAGAAUGUGGCCUGGGAUCUCAACACCACUCAUGCGGUUGCAAAUCAAACGGAAAAAAUGCUCCCAUCUUCCACAUUGUCAUCUGGAACAAUGCACAGCAAUAGUCGCAGUUCCGGGAACCUCUCCAGGGUAAAUCCUGACAAUGAGUCGGUCAGCGGCCACGCCGAUAGUGUCAACUGUGACCAUGCUCCUGUGAGGGACUCAUGGGAUGGUGGCGCUUCACAAGUUAACUGUGGUUCUCACAUGUCUGAUGAGAUUAUACAGAAGCCAAGGAUAUCAGAUAUGGACGGCAGUCAAGGAAACGCCGCGAUAAGUUGGGGUGAUCCUCCACCUGAGAACCAGGGCAAAGGACGGGGUGAAGAGCACCACUGGGGGGACCAUAGAGGAGGAAAUUGGAGGGAUAAAGGAGAACAGAGCAGCAGGUGGCCUGUCGGCUCAGAAGAUAAAGGGCCAGGGGGGUGGAAGGGAACCGAAAGAGGCAAAGGAGCUGGUUGGGGUGACUGGGGCCAGAGUGAGUCCAAACCUGGAGGUGGCUGGGGAGAUGGACGAAUCAGAGGUGUGAGCAGCUCAGAUGAUGGAUCCCCUUGGGGUAACCAGGAUGAAAAUGCAUCUCAGCGGGGAGGAUGGGGAGGGGGAGAUGUGGUUAAAGCCUCGCACGACUGGGGGGGUUCCAAGCACCACACGGCGGCACCGUCACCAAGCAACCAAGUCGCCGCAAUGAAAAGCCCAAAUCAGCAGCACCAAUCACAGGGACACCACGCACCAGGAGGAAGUCUACAAGGAGGUUGGGACAACCGACAGAACGUGGGAAGUGUGGGCGGGGGUCCACCACCCAAGAAUCAGAACCAAAGUUCGGGCUGGGUAUCUGGCCCGAUUCCCCAAAUUUCUGGGGAUGACGCUGCGGAACCCAGCGGCUGGGACGAGCCCUCGCCUCAGUCCAUGAGUCACAAAAUGGAAAUUGAUGAUGGGACUUCAGCCUGGGGAGAUCCCACCAACUACAGUGGCAAAAAUGUGAACUUGUGGGACAGAAAUCGAGGCUCGUCUGGCGAAAGCCACGGUCAGCAGGCGCCGGCGCUGCCGCCGCCCAGACGACAGCAGGGCUUGCAAAACAACUCCGCAAAUGUUGCAGUUGGUCCAGGAAUGUGGGGAGGGGGCACACAAUCUGUUGUGAAUGGGUCAGGCGCUUGGAACCAGACUUCAGAUUCAGCGACAAGAUGGGGUGACUCCGAUGAUCCUAAAAUCUCCAGCUGGGGCAACCUGUCGCCUAACCCUGGUAAAAGUACCAAGCCGAUGGAGACCUGGGGUGCAAAGGCAGAAGGCUCCGUAGCGGCCUCCCGUCAUCCGAGCUGGGAAGAGGAAGAUGACAGCGGCGUAGGGAUCUGGAAUAGCGCCAGCUCCCAAGGAAGUAGUUCCUCCUAUAACGCUGGAGGCUGGAGUCAUGGAGGAAGGAGAGGGAACGUGAAGGGUGGAAGUGGAGACAGCUGGCUAAAUCCAAUGUCACGGCAGUUUUCCAACAUGGGUCCUCUGAGUGAAGACCCUGGCAUCGAUAAGAAGAUGGAAGGAGACAAGAGAGGGAUGACCGACUACAACGGGGACAUCCGGAGAGGAGGAAGAAGCGGAGGAGGUUAUCGCACGUCCAAUUCCAAAGACAUGGGUCCUGUUGACGUGGGCGCCUAUGGUGAAAAAAUGGGUAGCCAUGGAAUGUAUGUUGGCAGUGGUGGAGCGAUGCAUCAGGCCCGAGGGAUACACCAACCUGGCUUGCAUCCUAUGAACCCAUCUCCAGGGCUUCGAGCUCAAGUGCCUCAUCCAUUCCUGUCUGCUCAGGUGCCGGGUUCUGUGCUGAAGCAGAUGCCGUCUCCUGGUGCCAGUGUGGUUGGAGGAGUAGGAGGUGUCGGUUCUGUCGGUGGAGCCGGGGGUGUUGCUGGAGGAGCGUUCCCUCCUCAGCUUUCCCCACAACAAUUAGCUAUGCUUAGCAACAUCUACCCCCACGUGCAGCAGUUCCAUCUGGCUUGUCAGCUCUUGCUACAACAACAACAGCAGCAACAACAGCAGCAGCAGCUUCUGCAAAACCAGCGAAAGUUCCCUCAGCCGCAGCCGCUCCGACAGCAGCCAGAUCCACAGCAGCAUUUCUCUGAUUCUCAGCUCGCAAGGAUCGUGGCAAUCCUCCAGCAGCAGCGACAUCAACACGGUGGAGUUGCAGCGGGGAGCUCCAAAUUAUCCCCCUCCCACCUUGGAGGAAGUCUUUCGAAACAGCCGAUGGUUGAUUCGUAUCCACCUCCCGGAUCAGACCCGCAUUCCAAAAUGCAAGGGAUGUACUCUGGAUUCCCACCAGUUGGUAACCUGUCCGGAUUGGAACUCGGCAGUCCCAUGAUGGGGGGGAUAAAGGACAUUGGAGGGCAGCAGUCUCGCUUCAAAUGGAUGAUGGAGGGACAUUCCCCAGCGCCAUCUCCCCCUGACUCGACGCUUCUCAAAAAUGGCUCCUCAGAAAACUGGCAGCGCACCCCCGGGAGUAAAAUGGGCAACAAGCCUUCCACAUCCAGUUGGCCACCAGAGUUCCAGCCGGGCGUCCCCUGGAACGGAAUGCAAAAUAGCGGCGACUCUGAUUCCGACCCCUACAUGACCUCCAGUAGUGUCCUCGGCUCCCCGGGACCCCCAACCCUCACCGAUUCCGACCAUCAGUUAUUGCGAGAUAACAUAGGGCCAAAUCCUGCCCUCAACACCUCACUGCCUUCACAUGGUGCCUGGCCCUACAGUGCCUCAGAUAACCCGCUCAGUAAAGCACACAGUACAGCAAAGUACUCGGAAUACAAGUCCAGUUGGCCCCCCGAUCCCAUCGGACAAAGUAAGUGGUGGAAGGCCAAUCGCAACAGCUCACAGCUGCCACGCCCCCCUCCCGGCUUAACCAAUCAGAAGCAAGGAACGCCCUCUCCUUGGGGAAGUGUAGGCCCACGGAUAGCCCGGGGCUGGGGUGGGGGUGGUGGUGUUAAGCAAGAUUCAAGAUUUGGGCCAGGCACAGCUUGGAGUGAUGGUGUGGCAUCAAGAGGCAGUUCCUGGUUGCUGUUGAGCAAUCUGACACCGCAAAUCGAUGGCUCCACGCUUAAGACGAUCUGCAUGCAGCAUGGUCCCCUUCUGACCUUUCACCUUGGCCUUACCCAGGGCAAUGCUCUCAUUCGCUACAGCAGCCGUCAUGAGGCAGCCAAGGCACAGGGUGCAUUACACAUGUGUGUACUGGGAAACACCACAAUCCUGGCAGAGUUCCUGAGUGAGGAAGAAGUUGCUCACUAUUUCGCACAUUGCCAGGCCGCGGGCGCCGAUGUGACUGGCACGGGAGGGGCAGCAUCUGCCGGUACGCAGGCUUCACCCGGAACCAGCACCGCAGUGACCCAAAGCGAGGCCAGCUCUCCAAGAAGCGACGGGGCAGUAGCGAGCAGCAUCUCAGGUGGAGAUGGAAGCGGCGGCGGGGUGGAAAGCGGCGCCGUAGGUCCGAGCGGCGUAUUGUCCCCGAGUUCUGGUUGGCAGGGUCUCGACGGUGCAAGUAGCUGUUCCGAAACCUCAGCCCAAGGACCCGGGUUGGGGAUUUUUUCCCAGUGGAGCGCCAAUGGAGCAGGAGGGGUGGGCAGUGUCGGUGGAGCAGAAUGUGGGAGGUCCGGACUUUGGGGCGGCAUGGCUGCAGGAUACCACGGCGGCAGUCUGUGGGGGGCACCGCAAAUGGAGGAGAGGCACCAAAUGGACAGUCCUGCUGCUUUGCUGCCAGAUGAUUUGCUGGGCGGUGGAGCCGAUUCGAUCUGAAGAGCCUUCCUCCCCCCGUCGUAGGUUUGGACACACUGAUUCUGCAUACACUGGGAUAACGUGAUGUAUUUACGAUAGCACAUCAACACAUUUACAGAUAUGCAUAUAUUAAUGUCCACACACACACACACACACACGUGCAUAUGCAUAUACAUUGUUUGCAUAUCAAUGUGCUCACGCAUAAAGAAGAAAUGUGAGACAUGCUUACACACAUUCUUGUGGCCAGACUUAAGCUAUUAUAUAUAUAUAUAUAUAUAAAUAAACGCAGGGACUGUUAGUUGUAUACAGCCUUUUUUUCCACAGAUGAAGAUUUCAACUGCUUAGACUUGAAAACUGAAUACGAAUGGUAAGUCUGAAAGACUCGACUGUAUUUGUGCUUAGUAAAAAUGGAAGACUUUUGAAUAGAUUUACAUUCAUACACCCAAAUUCAGGUGCACCUUUUGAAAGAAGGGCACCGUACACAGCAUUACCUUUUCAUUGUAUAAGAAAACUUCAAACUCAUGUGAGAAGUGCAAUUUGUUUUCACACACCAAAAAAACCCGAAAAUGACACGAAUUCAAACCCAUGCAAUCAGCAGAACUGCAUCUUACUGCGUAUGUCAAGUCUGUUUAUAUUUUUCCAGUUUCUAGUCAGGCUUUAAUUUUUUUGAAUUGUGAAAAUAUUGUUUUUGUUUUCAAAAUGCGGACCUCCUACUGUUUUACCUUGCGCACUCUUGUUAUUAUCUCUUGAAUAUGUUGGUUACUGUUGCAGUGAUAAAUGUUCAAUUGAGGCUUUGUUGCAUUUCUCCACGUGUGGAUACAGUAUCUGCCACACUAUGGACACGUGUGAGUGGGACUGAGACCAAGUACGUGGAUUAAACCACCACUGUUAAUUUGUGUGUGAGUGGGUGUGUGUGUGCAUGUUACUGCCUGUCAGAAAUGCAGGCAAGGCUGCUUACUAUACAGAAGGUCUAUACAAAUUGUUUUGUGUGUUCGUUGUACUGCUGACUGUGUUAAGAAUAUUGGCACUAAUGCUUUUUUUGUUUUUUUCACUUAUUAGAAGUGGUUUUUAGUGGAGUUAGAUUUUUCUUGUCCAAACUGCAAUAAUUCAAGAUAAAACGUUUUAAUGAGACAAACAGGUCAAGGCAUAUGCGUAGGGGGGGGAAUAAAAAAAAAAAUGGAAAUGCCAAAUCUUAUCAAACUGUGCGGAGGGGGUGGGACGGGUGGGUUUGGGUUGUUUACAAAUGCAGAGUUACCAUAUGUUUGUAAUGUUCUGAUGAUGUGUAUUUGUUUUAAAUUAAGACAGGCUUUAACACUCCUGUUCAGUGUUUUUUUUUUUUUGUUUCGAGAUUUUACAAAGGAAAACAUAUUUAAACUAAUGAGAACAAUAUUAAUAAAGCAUUGGCUUGUUUUAAA